AUGGAUGCAAUCCUUCGCCAAAGUUUUUUGAUUCCCGGUCCAGAAAUGACCGAAGAGCAGCUCCCUGACCAGCACGGGAAAGUGCAUGUGAUUACGGGCGGUUACUCUGGAAUCGGGUACGAAUUGGCCAAGAUGCUAUAUGCCAGGAACGCUACCGUCUUCCUGGCGGGACGAGACGUAUCCAAAGCCAAACCCGCCAUCCAGCAGAUCCAAGACGAGCAGCAGACCAAGACCAAGACGCUUGGAAAGCUGGAAUUCCUGUAUCUGGACCUCGCCGAUCUUCAGUCCAUCAAGUCUUCCGUCGAAGACCUCGCAUGCCGGACGGACCGAUUGGACGUACUCGUGAACAAUGCGGGCGUCAUGGUGCCGCCGGUGGGAAGCCAUACCAGACAAGGGCACGAGCUGCAGAUGGGAGUCAACUGCCUGGGCCCGUUUCUUCUCACCCAGCUUCUGUUGCCCAUGCUGUGCCAAACCGCUGCACGCGCACCAGCAGGCAGUGUUAGAGUUGUCUGGACCGGAUCGGUGGCCACGGAGCUCGGCAGAUCGGUUGCACUCUUCAGCAGUGAGGGGAAGCCUGCGAUAUCAAUGCACGACCAGGCACACAACUACAUGCUGAGCAAAAUCGGCAACAUCCUCCUGGCUGCAGAGACUGCCCGGCGGUAUGGCGAGUCGAACGGCCUCGUUAGCGUCGCCCUCAAUCCCGGUAACCUCAAGACCUCACUGCAGCGCAACAUGGUCUGGUGGCAGUACGCGAUCGCGAAGCUCUUGCUUUUUCCGGCCGUCUUGGGCGCUCAUACCCAGCUGUAUGCGGGAUGGUCAGAUGAUAUUUCUGUUGCAAAGCAUAAUGGCUCAUACAUCUGGCCAUGGGGUCGGAUAGCCCGCAUGCGAAAGGACCUGGAGGAUGCCGUGAGGCCUGAUGCAGAAGGUGGAUCCUCGUUGGCAGAGGGAUUCUGGGCAUGGUGCAAUGAAGCUGUGAAGGAGUACAUGUGA